AUGUUAGAGUCAGCAAAGAUCAAAAUUGUCCAAAAGGAAAUUGUAUCAAGACAACCACGACAUGGAAAGGAGUUUGCGUGCUUGGGUGUCAUCAUUAUGAGAACUGAAAUUGUUAAAAGUGGAAAACACAAUCCAAAGAUGGCCCCUCCAUUGAGUUUGAUGAGGGACUUAUUUCGAAAUCUACGAGGUACACUUUUUGCCUUGUUGAAGGAUAAGAUUAAGGUCACACAGCAUCUGUGUCUGAUCUUGAAUGCGUUCGCAGUUUAA